AUGGACGACGAGCGACUACCCAAACGACUCUUCUACGGAGACGUCGCGACGGGUUCUCGCCGUCAAGGAGGCCAAAUUCGCCGUUACAAGGAUACUCUGAAGUCCUCCCUGAAGCGCCUGCAAAUCAACCCGACCAACUGGGAAGAGCUCGCUCGCGAUCGUCCGACAUGGAGGAGAACAGUGAAGACGGGCGCUGCUAUCUAUGAAGCCAACCGAAUCGCGGCCGCCAAAGCGAAACGCGAAGUCCGCAAAUCACAAAUUCGCCCAGUCCGCAACGCCACCGCACAACCACUCCCAACGUGUCCUCGAUGUCAACGGACAUUCCGGGCACGAAUCGGACUUGUUGGAUAUCUUAGGAUCAACUGCGCCUCUCGAACUGCACCAACCAUCGUCCCCCGCCCGCCUCUUCCUCCUGCUCUCCGCCGCCAACAAUCUGUGACAAUUCUUCCGACCCACCACUUUCAUCCUCCUCCUCCUCCUCCUCCUCCUCCUCCUCCUCCUCCCCCGCCUUCACUACCCCAAUGGCGGCUGCUCAGGCGACCGUCUCGCACAUCGCCAACCGUGACACAACAACAGACACCACCCCCACCUCUCCCGACUCCAGUGAUGAGGAUCAGGAAUACACCUGCCCUCACUGCGUCCGCACCUUCACCUUACACAUCGGCCUGGUCGGCCGCCUGCGAAUCCAUCGCACAGAGUCUGACGAACCAGUGCCUGGAGCACCAACCUACACCCGCCGCACUCGCCUCCACUGCCCACACUGCCCCCACACCUUCAGGCAUCGCAUGGGUCUCUUCGGCCACAUGCGCAUCCACGACGACCUCCGGUAG